GAAAACACCUGAGAUUGAUUUUCAUCCCUUUACCAUGUGCUUCUAAUGCCUGUUCCCUGCGAACCGUUGGACAGCGAACGCUUUUUCGCUCUUAUAACUAUAUAGCGCAGCAGUGGGAAGGAAAGAAGUUAGGAAAGAUUCCACCUUUCUCUGGACAUUGGAAGCCAGCCCCAUCCAUGGCUCUGCAGGUCUUGGGAAUCACUCUUUCAAUGAUUGGCUUUGCAGGAACCAUCAUCAUCUGCGCUCUGCCCAUGUGGAAGGUAACCGCCUUCAUCGGCACAAACAUUGUGGUGGCACAGGUCUUCUGGGAAGGAUUGUGGAUGACGUGUGUGUACGAGCGCAUUGGCCAGAUGCAGUGUAAACUGUACGAUGCCCUGCUGGAUUUGGAUCCUUCCCUUCAGGCGUCUCGUGGGCUAAUGGUGACCACCAUGGCUUUGGCCUGCUUGGCUUUCCUAAUUUUUCUGGUUGGGGCUGAUUGCACCAACUGCCUAAGUAACCCACGCGCCAAAGCGCGGAUUGUGGUGGUAUCUGGGAUUACCUUUAUGCUUUCUGGACUGACUACUGUGGUGCCUGUGUCCUGGACAGCCGACUCCAUUAUAAGAGACUUCCAUAAUCCCAUAGUGCAUGAAGCACUUAAGAGAGAGAUGGGAGCAGCCCUGUAUGUGGGCUGGGUGACAGCGGGCCUUCUGUUCGUUGGGGGAGCCGUUCUCUGCACCAGCUGCCCACCAGAGCGGGACAACUAUUCCCCUAGAUACACCUUAACAAAAUCUGACACCCACAGUGGCUACGCCAUAAAGAACUACGUCUGAUAUACAGCACAUGCCUCUGAGUAAAGCGGACAUAAUGUACAAGUGCUAAACGAAACACUUCAUCAGAUCCUGAAGAAUUGCAUAUUAAGAAAAGUGAAAUUUUAAGUGAUUAAACAUCUCUCUCUCUCUCUUAACCUUUUUUGAUUUUCAUAUGUUUGUUCUUCUGUUACAUUCAGAACAUUAGAUUACACAUUUCAGCAUGUGUGUUUGAAUAUUUUGUGAGUAUGUGUGUUCAGGUUUUACCUACUGUACUGUACAUUACGAGGACAGUAAAAAUCCAGAAUAGGAGUAAAACAAUAGAAAUCACAAACAAAUGUGUGUUUCUUUGCGAGUGUGUGGGAAAAGAGAGAGUGAGAAAAAAGACUACAGUGGUUAAUUAUAUAUAUAUAUAUAUAUACAGUGCCGCUGCUAGCCAUUUUGGUGCCCUAAGCAUAAUUCCUUUAUGAUGCCACCCACCCCCCCCCCCCCCCCCCCCCUCCU